UAUUAGAACACGCACUGGAGAGAAGCCUCAUGAGCGUAUCCAGUGUGGAAAAGCUUUUAUAAAGUCCUCGGAUCUCAGGCGCCACGUGGUUACACACACUAGAGAAAAGCAAAAACGCAAUACUAACAAACGCACUCACCCGUGUAUUCAGUGCGGAAAGAGUUUUCCAUUUAUUUCUGCUCUUAAAGUCCACAUGCUAAUACACACUGGAGAGAAGCCUCAUCAAUGUGACCAAUGCGGAAGAGGUUUUUCACAAAUUUCAAAUCUUAACAACCAUCUACUAACACACAGUGGAGAGAAACGGAAUAAAUGUGACCAGUGUGGAAAAGCCUUUAGGCGGCCUUCGGAUCUUAAUCACCACAUGCUAACACACACUACAGAGAAGCGCAAACAGAACACUAACAAACGCACUCAUAACUGUGUGCAGUGCGGAAGAGGUUUUUCACAUAUUUCAACUCUUAGAAACCAUCUACUAACACACAGUGGAGAGAAACGGAAUAAAUGUGACCAGUGUGGAAAAGCCUUUAGGCGGCCUUCGGAUCUUAAGCGCCACAUGCUAAUACACACUACAGAGAAGCGCAAACAGAACACUAACAAACGCACUCAUAACUGUGUGCAGUGCGGAAAAAGUUUUUCUCAAAUUUUUUAUCUUAAAACCCACAUGCUCGUACACACUGGAGAGAAGCCUCAUCAAUGUGACCAAUGUGGAAAAGCUUUUUCAGUAUUUUCAGUUCUGAAACGCCACAUGCUUGUACAUACUGGAGAGAAGCCCCAUGUCUGUGUCCAGUGUGGAAAAGCUUUUUUAGAAAAAUCAUAUCUUAAAUCCCACAUGCUAACACACACUGGAGAGAAGCCUCAUCUAUGUGAGCAGUGUGGAAAAGUGUUUUCACUUUCUUCAAGUCUUAAAUCUCACAUGCUAGGACACACUGGAGAGAAGCCUCAUAAAUGUGCUCAGUGCGGAAAAGGUUUUUCAAAAAUGUCAAAACUGAAAUUGCAUAUGCUUGUACACACUAAAGAGAGGCCCCAUAAAUGUGUCCAGUGCGGAAAAGGUUUUACACAAAGGUCAAGUCUUAAAACCCACAUGCGAGUACACACUGGAGAGAAGCCUCAUCAAUGUGUCCAGUGUGGGAAAUCUUUUAGACAAAUUUCAGGUCUUAUUUCGCACAUGCUGAUGCACACUGGUGAGAAACCAUUUAGAUGUGCAUACUGCGGAAAAGCAUUUUCACACAUUACGGGGCUCAAAGCCCAUUUGCAAACACACUCGGGAGAGAAGCCUCCAGAAUGUUCAAAACCCAUUGUGACAACACAAUCUGGAGAGAAGCCUCCAAAAUGUUCCAAAUCCAUUGUGACCUCACUUAUAGGAGAGAAGCCUCAUGACCAGGGGCCGGGGGCCGGAUUCACGAAAACAAUCUUAAGAUAAAUCUUAAGUUGAUUCCUAAGAAAAUAAAUAAGAAGUCCUUAAGAUUGUUCUUAAAUGCUAUUCACCAACAUUUUCUUAAGAAUUGUCGUAUUUCUUAGGGACUUCUUUGUUUACCCACUUAAGAACUUAGAUAAGAAUGCCCUGCGCCAUUCGUUACACUAAACGCAAUCAAACGUGAGUUUUGUUUACAAGUGGCAACCGUUGCUAAGAGGGAAA